UUGACGCAGCGGGGGAGUCCAAUGGAAGCCUUCGUCGCAGCCCGGAGGAGACAAUCGAGUGCGAUUUAGCCGAGAAACAGAAGCCGAUAUAAUCACACGGGGUUAUAAACCGCAUCCUCGCUCUUCAGUCCGGGUGUGCGGGUCGAGCCGGCGUGUUUGAAAUCCGCUAAUCUGCCGCUAAAGACGUCCGCGCGGCCUUGUUUAUAUUGUGCAGGGACGCAGGCCCGGUCCUGGUGCAGCGCUGAGCGGCCGCUGCGGGUCCGGAGUGAGAGCUUCUGUGCGGAUCGAUCGGCCCUCCUCCUCCUCCUUCAGCUCACCAAAGAAUAUGACCCAGAUGCAACAAUGACAUCCAGAUUUGGUAAAACCUACAGCCGCAAGGGAGGAGAAGGCACGUCCAAGUUCGACGAGGUGCUGUCCACCAAGAGAGGCACCCUGAGCACCAAAUGGGGCGACACCACCUACAAGGCCAAGGUCGGCUCCAAGCGUGUCGGCGCGCCCAAGAAUGACUCUUCUGUCCUGGAGGUUUAUAAGAGACCCCGUCCCAGCGGAGACGGCUUUGAGGAUCCGUUUGGAUUUGACAGCGACGAGGAAUCCAAGCCGGUUUCUUCUCGCAGUGGGAACAAGUCGUCGCCCGCCAAGCCGAGCUCCGCGGAGCCGCCGCAAGCAGAGAGGCCGGGGUUUUCUCUGGACACGGGAAGCAGAUCCCAUGCUUUGACGUCCACUCGAGGGAACUCAUGGCUGCCCAAUGACAAGAACCCGCCCAGGGUGGUGGAGGACACGGCCCGGUUCUUCAACAGCAGCAGUGCUAGCAUAGGUAAGUCCCAGCAGAGUUCCUCGUCGUCAGAGAACCAGCACAGCUACUCGUGGUACCAAAAUGCUUCUGAGAGCGAUAAGAAGCCCCUGGCUCAGACCACCACCCUGAAGACCGGCUCCAAGGCGGAGUCCACCUUCGACUCCUGGGAUGCCAUCAUGGGUCUCCGUCCGCCUUCACCCAGCCAGGAACCUCGCAACCCGGCCCCGACGCUGUCCUGGGCGACAGCGGGCAUCACCGUGGGCCGCUCCGACCGGGGCCAGACCCGGCACGAGAAGGCCCCCUCUCCCCCACGGCUCCAGAGCCCCAGUGAGAGCGAGGACCUAGGGGGCGACUCUGACUUCCUUGUCGAGACGUCCGACCACUCCCAGACUUCCUCCAACACCUCGCUUGUAAGAAACUCUAACUGUCGGACGUACAGGAGGCCCAACAAACAGGGCUCUGGCAAAGCCUCGGACUCCAGCGGCUCUGCCAGCACCGCUCUUAGCACAGAUCUUCCCAAAUCCACAUCUGCCGCCAGUAAUAAGACGACGGGUGGAGGAGGGGGACGGGGACGGGGCAGGACGAGGGACUUCACAGUGCUGCACCCUUCCUCCGUGUCCAUGUGUAACGUCACCAUCCAGGAACGAGGAGUGGAGGAGUUUAGCCCCGACGCAGCGCCCUCUAGUGGUAGCAGUAGUGCUGCCGGGUCUGGCAGCACGACGGAGGCGGGAGAGGCGGGAUGGCAGCGGAAGAAGACGGAACAACAAAACACAAGGGUCAAACCAACGCAGACAAAGACAAAGAAGGACAGUAAGCCGGACCUGUUUGGUUUCGACGACGCGGACGCCCAUCAGGAGGAGAACAGCGGCGACAACACAGACGGGCGAUCCAGUUACAAGAUCCAGUACUUCGGCUUCGACGACAUGAGCGACAGCGACGGGGCGGACGACGACGACGACGGCGGCGCUAAAGAAAUGAGGAGGAGGGCCAAGAAGGCUGCGGCCGCCAAGAGGGAGAGAACCCCGGUGGUUAUGAUGGAAGAAGCGCCGGUUGAAGAACCGCCGGACCCCUUCGAGAACCUGGAGAGGCUGGAGAGACUGGAGCGGCUGGAGAGACUGGAGAUGCUGGACAGACCGCCGCCCAAGGAGAACAAGAAGAACUCUGAGAGGCAGGAGAGCAGGAUACGAGCAGACACGCUGGACUUCUCAGAGGACGGCCUCAGAGUGGUGGCCGGGGCUCCCAGGAGGCCUCAUCAGGGCAAAGCGACCGAGAAGAACCCGGACUCCUUCAGAAGGAUCUUCAGCGCACACAAGAAGUCUCCCACCAAAGCUGUGUACAACGCCAGACACUGGACGUUGGAGAGUGAAGAGGAGCCCCCUCCGACUUUCUUGGCACGAUCACAGACGGCUCCUGCGCCCGGCUCAGCGGGAGGAUCCAGUAAGGAGCCCUCCGAUGCUAAAAAGGACGACGGUGUUUUUAAGGCUCCUCCCCCUCCUCCCAAGGUCACCAAGUUUGUCACCCUCCCCACGGACCUCUACCAGGACACCGUUACUGCACUCAAAUGCCGCAAAGAGCACAAAGAGCUGUAUACAGUCGUGCAGCAUGUGAAGCACUUCAACGACGUGGUGGAGUUUGGAGAGAACCAGGAGUUCACCGAUGACUUUGAGUAUCUGGCCACCGGUCUGAAGAGUGGACAACCUCUCAACACGCGCUGCCUUAGUGUGAUCAGCCUGGCUACGCGCUGCGCCAUGCCCAGUUUCAGGAUGCACCUCAGGGCCAGAGGGAAGGUGGCUCAGGUCUUCAAAACACUCAAUGACGCCCCACAGCACCCGAACCUGGCUCUGUGCACGGCCUCUCUGAUGUACAUCCUCAGUCGAGACCGGUUGAACAUGGAUCUGGACCGGUCAUGUCUGGACCUGAUGAUCCGGCUGCUGGAGAUGGACCACGACCAGGCGGGCGGCGCCGGGACCGGGACGGACCCCACCACUCAGUUCAGCGCCAGAGAAAUCGCCAAGAUGAAGGAAAAGAUCAGGAAGCUCUGCGACACGGUGCACAACAAGCACCUGGACCUCCAGAACAUAACGACGGGUCAUUUAGCCAUGGAGACGUUACUGUCCCUGACUUCAAAGCGAGCUGGAGACUGGUUCAAAGAGGAGCUCCGGCUACUGGGAGGACUGGACCACAUAGUAGAUAAAGUGAAGGAGUGUGUUAACAACUUAAACCAGGAGGACGAGAAGGAGAAGCUGGUGUCGUCUCUGUGGGGAGCUGAGAGGUGUUUACGGGUGUUGGAGAGCGUGACGGUCCACAACCAGGAGAACCAGGGCUACUUGAUCGCCUACAAAGACUCAUCACUCAUCAUCUCCUCUGCAAAGGUGUUGAGGAGGUGCGAGGAGAUGAUCCAGAGGUACAGCAGGGAGCUGAACUCAGACGGAGCCGUGGGGAAAGCAGUGGAGGACUGUAUGAGGGCCAUUAUAGGAGUCCUGCUCAACCUGACCCACGACAACGAGUGGGGCAGCACGAAGACCGGCGAGCAGGAGGAUCUGAUAAUGACGGCUCUGAACUGUGUCCUCAAAGUCCCUCAGUAUCUUCCACAAGAGCAGAGGUUCGACAUCCGAGUGCUGGGUCUAGGCCUGCUGAUCAACCUGGUGGAGUACAGCGCCAGGAACAAGUACUGUCUGAUGGAGAUGGAGAUGGAGGGAGGUCAGGGUCCCUGCGACUCCACCGUCCUGCUGAGCCCUCCGCACCAGGACAUAGUCAGCACCGGCCCGCUGAGCGCCAUCGCCGCUCUCGUACAGCUGUUCCUCCAGCGGGAGCGGGCCGCCAUCGCGGCUGAGGCGCAGACGGAUGACCUCAUCAAGGAGACGCCGAAGCCGGCUGACAAGAGCGGGCAGUGGCAAGAGACGGGCGGCGAGAUCCAGUGGGUUGCCAACGACAACCACACGGAAAAACCGGAAGAGGAAAAGAAGAAGGAGAAAGAGAAGGAGGAGGAGGACGAGGAGCUGGACCUCAACAAAGCUCUGCAGCAUGCAGGGAAGCACAUGGAGGACAGCAUCGUGGCCUCCUACACAGCACUGCUGCUGGGCUGCCUGUGUCAGGGGAGCCCGUUGAAUGUGACUACUGUGAGAGAUAACCUGCCUAAAGGAGAUUUCUCCAUCAUGACAGAAAUGCUAAAAAAGUUCCUCAACUUCAUGAACCUCACUUGUGACGUCGGCACCACAGGACAGAAGUCCAUCUCCCGGAUCAUUGACUAUCUGGAGCACUGCUAGAGAGAAGCCUGUCUCUCUCUCACAAACACACACACACACACACACACACACACACACACACACACACACACACACAGCCAUCCCUUUCAUCUUGGUAACAACAACCAUCAUCAUCAUCACCUCAGAAGAAUGAAACGUGCCUGUUCAUCAUCAUCAUCAUCUAGGACUCCGUGUCGUGUCCAGUCGUCGUCCUCUUCAUCCGGUAAAUGGAGCUCGAUAAGUGAAUGAAAGGGGAGUUUCUUUCCCCUUAAAUUGACUUGAGAUGAACUUAAAUUUAUUACGACUUAAUAGGUUAAGAUCCGAUUUUAUUUUACUUUUACGAAAGAUAAAAUCCAAGACAGUAUUUCUUUUUCUUUUUUCGAUCUGUCCUCUAUUUAUAAAAGUUUCUCAGAAGGAUGUGUUUUUCCGGCCGUUUUUUUGUUACAUUUUCUUUUCAUAGUUUCCUCACGGUUCGGCUCUUCUCUCACCUGUCGUCCCCCCCCCCUCUGAAUCACCCCCGCCCUCCUAUCGACUGGUGACAGAUUGGAGUGGAGAUGCCAUUUUCUCCAGCCUGUCAUCAAAGCCUUGCACCCCUCAGCUCUGAUAAUCGCCAAAAAACAACCUCAAGUGGUUAAAAAAAACUAACAACCACUGACCCAAGUCAUUGCUUUCCACGCUGUGUUCUUCUUCUUCUUCUUCUUCAUCUUCUUCUUCUUGCCUCUUUGACCUCUCUGCUCCUCCAGGAGGCGAUUUGAGGCAGAUAAAUCAAGUAUUGAUCAUUUCUGGCCAAAGAACCCACAAAUGGUAAAAGUUCAGACCCUGAAUUGCAGACUUUUGUGAAGUUAAGGUGGUAUUUUAAAGGCGGGACUGCCGGUAAAUGUUCACAUUAGGUCAUUUUUAAAAAAAAAUGUUUAGGCUUUUCAUUUGUAUAUAACCAGAAAUUGUCUCUUUGUGGACGUAAGAGCUCUUCUUUCCUCCACAGCAAAAUAGCUAGUUUAAAUCUGUUGUUCCUCUUGUGCCGUUAUCGAAACAGCUUCUUCUCCCAGCAUGCCGAGCGCACAUAACAACACACCUGAGACUAAAACCGAAUGACCCUCGAGGUUGUUAAAACUCUCUGGAAACUUUGAACAAAAAGCAGAAACUUUUCCCUUUCAAAGAUUCGAUCGCCCCCCUCGCUCGACAUCAAAGCUCCGUGUCUCGACGGGACCCGAGCCCUCCGGACCAGAACCCGUCCUCCUUCAGAUCCUUCAAAUUACCGCCCGCAUGUGUGCUCGCUGCUCGAUGAAGAGACCUCAAUUACGGCACCAAAGGCAGCUGAGAUGCUCCGGUCCGUCUGAGAGGUGAAGACGAGCCGCUCUACUUCGGUUUGAACAGAACCACCAGCGGAGAGGCGUUCAAAGGAUCAAGUUGAUACUUUCUUUUUUCUUCUUCUUCGUGUUCGGUUGUUGUUGGGUUUUUUUUGCCACAAAGACUUCAGCCGUAGCUCAGAAAACCACAAAGUCCAAAAAUCCUUCGAUCCUUUUGACACAUUUAAUUGGUCCAAAAAAAGAAAAAUUCUGUCAAGUGCUAUAUUUGAGGUUUCCCUAAUGAUGAGUUGUCAUUCCCAGAAUGCAUUUCAGCAACAUCAGAAGGAGGCUGCAGGUGUUGGAAGUUCGUGAAUUGUAUAAAAAUUAGACUAGUCAAAACUUUAGCCGGAUGUCAAACAGAAAUAGAGAUGAAUUCAAUGAAGUAAAGACUGAAACGCGUGCGCUGAUGUCAAAAGAUUUGAUAACUCUUAUAGAUUAGUUAUUGGCACAAAUAAGGAUUCUCUCUGGACAUUGCCUUUCAUCAGACGCAGUAAACUGAACCUCACAUACUGAUAAAACUCAUUCAUAAUGCAUAAAAUAAUGAUUUAUAAUCCAUUUAAUAAAGCCGGUAGUAACAACUAUUUGUAAAGGCCGCCUUAUUAAAAAGGUGACGGACUUGCCUUUGCUCCGUCUCGUUCUCCGUGGUGAAGACGAGCUGAAAGAGUUAAACGCAGAGGAAGAUGAAAAGCUUUCCGAAUAAUCCACGGCACUUCAGUUUUAUGAUUUGAGGAUUCACGUUCCAAACCGAGAACAAGAAUGACGGAGUUUGACAAAAAAAAGUGAUGAAUUGGUUUCACGCUUUUUAAAUGAUCAUCUCGGCAAAAUCACAUUUUAAAGCUUUCGGUUCAAAUAAAUAAUUUGUUAAUUUAACUUGUGUUUACUUGCCAUCAGGGAUGGAAAAAAAAACUAAAGUACGUUCCCCCAGAAAGUCUCAAAAAGUCUGUAGUUGUUGAGUUUGUUUUCUUCGAGCGGGGCAGAGAUGUAAUUCUCUCUUUAAUUUGGAUAAUUAAGGAAUAAUUGUUUUAUGUUGAAUACAGACAAGUUCUCUAGAAUUUCAUCUUGUUUUUAAAAGUUUGAACCAAGUGUCAUUAAGCAUGUUCAUCCCGUUAAUUUGCGUUCGUUUGUUCCUCUGUGAUCAUUAACACACACACACACACACACACACACACAACACCACA